AUGUAUGGCUGUGAGAGUUGGAUCCUGUCUGCUAGUCUAGGUCCCCGCAUGCCCAUGGCUUCCCCGCAGAUCCCUACCCCCCUCUUCCCGACAGUGGGCCCUGUGGGCCCAGGCUGGCUCCCGUGGGCGCUGCUCUUUGCCCUGGGGUUGAGCUUCCCGACCAGUGCCUGCGCCCAGGAUGCUGUGGCGCCAGUCCAGGUGCCCACGCUGCUGCCCCUGCUUGGGGCGUUGCUGCAAGAAGCGCCCCAGAAGCCCCCCCGAUGGCAGCCGACUCGCGGGCGGCCGCUGCAGUACAUGCUGGAGCUAUACCGGCAAAGUGCCGACCCGCACGGACGCCCGCGGGAGAACCGCAUCUUCCGUGCCAAUGCUGUAAGGCUAGUGAAGCCCAAGGGCCGCCGUGCGCUGCACCCCCGAGGUCCCUGGUACGUGCAAACCCUAGACUUCCCGCUUCAGCCAACCCGUGAGGUGUACCAGCUCAUGAGGGCCGCCAUUGCUUACCAGCCUCGCCUCCGUGUGUCUCACUCCCAUCUCUCCUGCUAUGUAGAACCCUGGGCCCACGAGAGCACUGUCCUCCUGGGUGGAGGCUCCCCGGGCUUUACUCUGCCUGAGGCCUGGGCAGAGAUGGAUCUCACCAGUUACAUUCGGCAGCAAGUCUGGCCUCAGAAGGGAAGGAGAGUCCUUCACAUCCAAGUCAGGUGUCAGCAGCAAGAAAGGACUGAGAUUGGCCUUGGGUGGAGGCAGGUGUUGGCCACUGACACUGCUUUCCUGGUUCUGUAUUUCAACAACACCUUUAAGAGUGUGCCCCAAAUUGGGCUGCAAGAACUUCCGGAGGGGACCCUGAAGGGAGCUGCUGCCCUUUCCCUGGUCCGGCGAGUCCGUCAGGUGGACCCCAUGAGAUCCAAGGUGCCUGGCCGUUCACCAGAGCAGACCCAGUGUUCUCUCCACCCUUUCCAGGUUAGCUUCCGCCAGCUGGGCUGGGACAACUGGAUCAUCGCCCCCCACCUGUACAACCCCAACUACUGCAAAGGGGCCUGUCCACGGGUACUGCGCUCAGGCCUCUGCUCACCCAACCAUGCCAUCAUUCAGAACCUUAUCAAUGAGCUGGUGGACGGAAGCAUCCCCCGGCCCUCGUGCGUCCCUCACAAGUACUCAGCCAUCAGUGUCCUGCUGAUCGAGGCCAGUGGCAGCAUCCUGUACAAAGAAUAUGAGGACAUGAUUGCCCAGUCCUGUACCUGUCGCUGA